AUGAAGCGUGAAGCAAAGCGACGCAAGCUUGUCAAUGAACCAAUAGCGAUCAUCAAAGUCGGAUCGCCGCCGCAGAAUUCUCAUGUGCAUAAAAGUUUCCUGUGCCAGGCUUCUCCGUUCUUUCGGGCAGCACUGGAAGGCUCGUUCAAGGAGUCAGCAGACAGUGUCGUGCAUCUGCCUCAGGACGAAUCAUCCACAUUCGACCGAUUCCUGGGUUGGGUUUACUGGAAAGAGUACGAUGUCAUGGACUUGGUGAAGGGCAAAAGUAAUAAAGAUUAUUGGAGUGUCAUCAUCCAUGAUCAUAUCUUCGCAGAUAAAAUUCAGGUCGAGGGAUUCCAGAACCACAUCAUGAACGCCGUAAUAGGCGCAUACAAGACCCUUGAACUCAAGCCUAUGGGUCUCGAAUCUGUGCUGGAGAUCUACACCCAUACGCCAGAGAGCUGCCCUCUCCGAAAGCUUGCACUGACUCUGUACGAGUGCGUUACACCUGAUUGGUUCCAGACUCCUGCUGCCUUGAACGGUUUGAAGAGGGUGCCCCAGUUUGCGGCUGAGUUGGUUCAGAAACUUGCUGGAAGUGGACGGACUAAGAAAGACUUCCGGACUUUAAGGGCUGAAGAUUUCUACGACAAAAGAGACAGAAAUGCUGAUGCUGCGUGCGGUGGGAUGGAGAGAUCUUAA